AUGCCCCGUGCCAAGUCCCACCGGCGUGCCCAGGCCAUGAAGAGGAGGAUAGCGACGGCGCAGACUUGGACGCCCCUGCCACCAGUCCCCGAGUUUCGUGCUCGGCGUGGUACUGGUUACCGCCAUCGUGUGCGGAGAUGGCCAACUUCGGAGCUGACCCAGCGCAGCUUCAAGUUGGUCACUCCAGCUCAGCAUCCGGAGAAGCAGCACGUGUUCGUCGUUGGAGACUCCCACCUGCGCGCCAUCGUGGACGGGUUCGUGGCCAUCCCGGAGGGCUGUCUGUCUUUUGGUUUUCUGUCUGUUCCAGGUGCAGACGCCAGGGAGCUGAGGACGGAGGUGCUGCGUGCUGCUGUUCCGUGGACCCCGGAUGCCGUGUGUGUGCUCGCCCCGAGCAACAACCUCACUGCCAGCAGGACCAUCAGUGAGGCGGCGUUGGACUUCGGUGCGCUCCUGACCACCGUCUGCAGCCGCUGGCCCAAGGUCUUUGUGUUGGACUUCCCUCCCCGUCUGACCAUGGACCUUGGCUUCCAAGAGCAGCUGCGUCAGGAAUACCACCGUGUCACAGCAUGCAUGGGUCUCCCCUACGUGUCUGUGACGGCGCACUUCCCAGUCCAUCGGUUGGAGCUGUGGUGCCAUGAUGGCGUGCACCUCAGCGACUCCGAUGGCAUGCCCAUCCUGGUGCAGCUGCUGUGGAACGUGGCGUUCCUCCAGCUGGCACCACCUCCACCCGCGCCCCCGGUGUCUCCCCGGAGAUUGCCGGGUGGCCAGGUGUCCCCCACUCUGGUGGUGACGGGGCAUGUUCCUGUGCCGUGUCACAGUGACCCCUGCGAGUGGGCAGUGGUUGGACGGCAGGGCAAGGUAAUGUGUUGCUUCAAGGCAAUUUGUGGCUUAAAGUUGUGCAAAGUUUUUUUUGUCCAAAAAUGA